UAGUUUCAUUGUAUUUCACAAGUCAAAAAGACAGAACACAUGUAUGACAUCACCUAAAAGUGGAUGCUUUUAGCAACUUUAACAACAUAGUACGAGACACUCUUUACAACUGAAGAAACAUGAGUACUAUUUUUUAAUAGAUAAUUGUUGAAGGAAUAAUUUUAUUAUUUAAUAUUAUUGUGCAUGUUAAACAAUUGACCUCAUACAUUAAUCUAUUUUUUUUAUCUUAUAUAAAAGAGUUGUUUAUUUAAUAAAGAAAAGAAGUAAGGAACGACAAAAGGGGGUUUUAACUAAGCAGAAAAGAAAAGACAAUGUCGACGACGCCGAAUCAACCGGAAAAGGUCCAAUCUGAUGCCAAACCAGCAUAUCCAUCUCCCGAUCAACCGAAUAAAGAAGAGGAGGAAGAAGGAGAGUGCGGACUUUGCCUAUACAUGAAAGCAGGCGGUUGCAAAGACGCCUUUAUUGAUUGGGAUAAUUGUGCCAAAGAAGCAGAAGACAAAAACGAAGACUUUGUUGAAAAGUGCUCUCAGGUUACCGCAAGGUUGAUGCAGUGUAUGAAUGCUCAUUCCAAUUACUACUACCCAAUUCUUAUGUCUGAAAAGCACGCCGAAGAACAAGCUGUUAUUGAAUUGGAGAAAGAAAAGCAAGAUUCAUCUGCUAAUGCCUCCCCUUAUGAGUCUAACCAAAAGUGAUUUUCAAUUUUUUAUUUUAAUUUAGUAUUUGUUAUCAACAACAAUUCAUUGUUUUUGUUGUGCAGUAGCUUCACAUUCUAUUAGUUUAAUAUUGGUACUUGACAUUAUAUUAGUAUUAAUAAGUGGAAUUAUUGAUAGUUAAUCUUCUAUCUAGAAAU